AUCUGGUCUGCGAGGACCUUGGACGCCGGGAGGGGGCGGCCCGGGGGUUCCUGGGAGUUGGGGUACAGCGAGGGGCGCCAGACCUGGGCUCGCCACCCUCUGGGGCAGUUCUGGCCGGACGCCUGGGUCCUCUGGGCCCCUCCCCCUCGGGGGCGGGAUCAGGAGACCUGACCAAUGAGCGGCCGUUCGCGAGGCCCCGCCCCGCCCCGCCCCCGGAGCCGCGGCCUCGCAGAGUGCCCAACCGCCCGGCGCCCUGGCCAGGGGCUGUGCGAGCGCGGAAUCUGCGGCUGCGCCUCCCCCUAGGACGCCAAGAUGCCUGGUGAACAGCAGACAGAGGAAGAGGAAGAGGAAGAAAUGCAAGAGGAGAUGGUGCUGCUGGUGAAGGGUGAGGAAGAUGAGGGUGAGGAGAAGUAUGAGGUGGUGAAACUCAAGAUCCCCAUGGACAACAAGGAGGUCCGGACGAGCGAGGCGCCCGCGCCGUCGGCCGACCCGGCGCGCCCACACGCGUGCCCCGACUGCGGCCGCGCCUUCGCGCGCCGCUCCACGCUGGCCAAGCACGCGCGCACGCACACGGGCGAGCGGCCCUUCGCGUGCACCGAGUGCGGCCGGCGCUUCUCGCAGAAGUCGGCGCUGACCAAACACGGCCGCACGCACACGGGCGAGCGGCCCUACGAGUGCCCCGAGUGCGACAAGCGCUUCUCGGCCGCGUCGAACCUGCGGCAGCACCGGCGGCGCCACACGGGCGAGAAGCCGUACGCGUGCGCGCACUGCGGCCGCCGCUUCGCGCAGAGCUCCAACUACGCCCAGCACCUGCGCGUGCACACGGGCGAGAAGCCGUACGCGUGCCCGGACUGCGGACGCGCCUUCGGGGGCAGCUCGUGCCUGGCGCGCCACCGGCGCACGCACACGGGCGAGAGGCCGUACGCGUGCGCCGACUGCGGCACGCGCUUCGCGCAGAGCUCGGCGCUGGCCAAGCACCGCCGCGUGCACACGGGCGAGAAGCCGCACCGCUGCGCCGUGUGCGGCCGCCGCUUCGGCCACCGCUCCAACCUGGCGGAGCACGCGCGCACGCACACGGGCGAGCGGCCCUACCCGUGCGCGGAGUGCGGCCGGCGCUUCCGCCUCAGCUCGCACUUCAUCCGCCACCGCCGCGCGCACCUGCGGCGCCGCCUCUACAUCUGCGCCGGCUGCGGCCGGGACUUCAAGCUUCCGCCUGGCGCCACGGCCGCCUCGGCCACCGAGCGCUGCCCGGAGUGCGAGGGCAGCUGAGCCGCCGUUCCCGUCGCCGCGGGGCUGCGAGGGUCGGCGUGGCAGGGGGCGGGCGCGCGGGGCCCUGCGUGCGGCGGCACCGGGGCAGGACGGCCGCGGCUCAGCCCCCGGGGGCUAGCUGGGGGCCGGGAGCGUCCGGGACCCGGGACCCGGGACCAGGCCACCCCUCGCUCCCGACAACCCCGACCCUUGUUAGUGAAUAAAGUGUUCGGUCCUUGCCCCGCCGUGCGUGUGAGUGAGCUGGGGGCGCGGGAGGAGCAAAGCGGGCGCUUCACCCACGCUUGUGGCCUCUGAGCGAAGUGGGGCCGGGAGCCCCGACGGGAUCCCCGACUUGAUGUGCGGGGCGCCCUCCUGGCUGCGCAAAUACAGCACGUUCUGGCCGCCGCGCUGUCGGGGAGCAGCGCCCGACUCCAGUCUGGGGAGGACGGGCGUGGAGGUGGCGGCCGCGUCACGCCCCGCACUGCGCGCGCGGAGUCUGAGGUCAAGGCGGGAGUCAGAGCCCUGGAGACCGCGGCUCGGGGCACCAGGUCCGGGGCGCACCGGACGCCUCUGGAGGACGGCACCCGAGGGGCCGACGGAGCAGCCGCAGCUAGAAAGGAAACCGAGCGUCCUGUCUGGCCGUGUGGAGGAGGGGGUCUCACGGGGGC